AUGUUUCACGACUUGUCUAUUUGUCUGCUGAAAGAUUGGGAAGAACUUCUUCUGAGUUCUGACAAGAAUCGUCUGGCCAUUCUUAGCUUCGCCACCAAUCCUUAUUCGCAGAUUCUUGCCAAUCAGUCUGCUGUGCAGGCUGUGGAUAGGCCGGUUUUCAAUGUCAAGAUCCCGUUGGAAGGCGCCCCGAUCACGAAUCAGCGCUCGUCAGGCCGCUGCUGGCUGUUUGCGGCGACGAAUGUCUUCCGCGUGCCACUUAUGAAGAAGUAUAAUCUGAAGGAGUUUGAGCUCAGUCAGGCGUAUUUGUUCUACUGGGAUAAGAUUGAGAAGGCCAAUUGGUUCAUGGAGAAGAUCAUAGAGACUGCGGAGGAGGAUUUGUCCAGUCGCUUGGUGCAGAAGUUGCUUGAGGACCCCGUCACAGACGGGGGCCAAUGGGAUAUGGUGGCGAACCUGGUGGGCAAGUAUGGCUUGGUGCCUCACGACAUCUACCCAGAUAACUUUAGUGCCCAGAACAGUGCGAAGAUGAACUGGCUCGUGACGGUGAAGCUACGCGAGCAUGCGUUGACAUUGCGGCGGUUGGCGCAAAGUCAGCCCGAGAGACUGGCGAGACAGAAGGAUGAUUUUCUAAAAGAGAUCCACUCCCUGGUGACUAUCAUGUUGGGCCCGCCACCGAGUCCGAAGGAGGCCUUCCACUGGGAGUACUAUGAUGCCGAUGGCAAAUUUCAGGAAGUAUACGACAGCCCGCAGGGAUUUGCAAGACAGGCUUCGGCGCAACUGGCCCGAGGAGAUGUUGAUCCCCGGAGGAUGUUGAGCUUGGUCAAUGAUCCGCGGAAUGAGUACAGCCGACUGUUGACAGUCGAUAAACUGGGUAAUGUGGUGGGAGGACGUCCGAUCACGUACGUCAAUGUGGACAUGAAGACGAUCAAAGCCGCUGCGAUUGCAAUGCUUCGUGCAGGGCACCCUGUUUUCUUUGGCUGCGAUGUUGGAAAAUUCUACGAUGCCAAGCUUGGGGUGAUGGAUCAGUGGCUACUGGACGUCAGAUUGGGAUUCAACACCACACUGCGCAUGGAUAAGGCACAAAGACUGAAAACCGGCGAGUCAUCCAUGACCCAUGCGAUGGUGCUGACAGGCGUUCAUGUCGAGAAGGGCCAACCAGUGCGAUGGCGGGUGCAGAACUCCUGGGGUGAAGCCGUGGGAGACAAGGGGUGGUUUGUCAUGGCAGAUGAGUGGAUGGACGAGUUUACGUAUCAGGUAGUGGUUGACUCUCGCUUCGUUUCAAAGGAGGUGCGAGAUAUUCUAAAUCAGGAACCAGAGGUCUUGCCACGAUGGGACCCGAUGGGAGUUCUUGCGUAA